AUGGCCCCAGUCAAGACAGCCGUGGUGCUGCCAAAUGGAUCCCGAGUAGACCUUAUCAUUCCCACCGACGGCGGAACUACUCUCAAAACUCUUCAAGAGUUGGCUAUCGAAAGAGCCGCACUCCACCACUCAACAGAUAUCUCACGCGUCGAUCACGUUCUGCUACGACUGGAGAGCCAGGCAGGGCCUUUUCUUUAUCCUGAUGAUAAGGUGGAAGACGUUAUCAGUGCUGGAGAAACCGUAUUUGUAGUGCUGAGCGAUUCCUCACUUCCAGCGGGUCCUCAGAAUAUGCACGAUGAGUCUUCAAAAUCCAAUCCUCAAUUUUCAGAUGACUUUCGGCUUCGUGUCAUCACGCCUCAAUCGGCACAUUGCCAUCACGACUUUCGCACUAUCCCCCUCCUCGAGAAUGGCAAAGUGUUCUCUGCACAUUCAACGUUACGUGAUCUCAGAGCAGCAAUCGCUGACAAUCUUGAGAUACCCUUGCGGUCUGAAAGCCCAGAACUACAAGAAUGUAACUGCAAGUUGGCUGAAAUGAGCUGUGAAAUGCCUCAUCUGUUCCCUGACCGCGGCACGAAAGUGCUUAUUGUUUCGGGCUUUUCAAAUGUAGCUUGGUUAGAUGUCUUUGGAAACACCUACGCUGCUAUCGUGACUGGCCUGAGACAACUCUUUGGUGACACAUUCGAAGAUGCGAAAAGUGUCCAUCUUAAAGGCGGCGUUCAGACCGAUGAUGAUUGGUUCACACGUCUGCCAGUCGUGUCUAUCUGUGCAGAGAGCCGGCAUUCUAGCAUGCAUCCCACUUCUACAUCGUCGUCUGCGGCUACUUCAAUGCUAGAUCUCCAUACCGCCGAAGGACCAAUCGAGACAACGCGCCUGGACCUCACAAUGAAGAACCUUGGACUCACAGAUCUAAUCGUGAAUGGCGUACUGUCGAUCUACGCAGUGGAGAGGAGAGUCAAUUUCACCGGGACGGAAAAGCAGACACUAGGCAAAGAUGCUAUGUUUAGUGCGGCCAGCCACUGGGCCCUUCCGAGAAUGACAGCGUCAACCCGCGGUUCAAACGCCUUCCUCGCUAGUCUGCGAGUCUUUGCAAAUAAAAUCAAUACGAAAGAGAUGGACACCCGCCGUCAGAACAUCGUUUUGAAACUGGUUCACGACAUGACACGGUACUUCCCAGCUGUGCGGGCAGUUCGAAUGCUUAUGGAUGGCAAAACCCUCCGACCCAAUGAGUGUGCGGCUAUCGUGCAAAGCCUCGCAGAAGCUCUUCGAGACUUGGUACCUUUGAACCUCAUCGAGAAUGACCAGCGUAGAUAUCUCGAAGGGACCAGACUGCUGUUGGGUUUCGUCCUGCAAAAGGUUGGAACCUUGGCAACAGAGCCAAUGGCCCGUGCAGACGAAGGCAACGAUAAAGGGCAACCGUAUCUAGAUCUUUUCAAGACCGUGGAUCUUCGAGAUGUUCGAACUAAUGAAUUCAUUGUCGACCCGAUACAGACCGAUCUUGGUCUCAUGGAGAGGGGUUGUUACAAUGCGUUUAAGCGAGGUGGGAUUCUGAGCCACCCUGGAGCUGAAGAUGUCGACAUCCUAUCGGCCAGUCCGGAUUUGCCAGCACUAAGAGCCGCCACAUUAAAUAGCGGUGUUGCUCCAGAAGCAAGCUACUAUGAGACAAACACCAUUCGAGCUUCUUUAUCGAUCAAAGACCUUAACAAUAACGUACUUCAAGAAUUACGAGGUUUCUCGCGGGACCUUCGGUACUUGGGGAUGCUCUCUGACAGAAGCGGGAUGAAUGUCAUCCAUUCUACUUCACUAAAGUCCGCCAAAGCCCCAGUCUUGACUCUGGACCGCGAUGGCUACCUCUGUGUCUAUGUUGGGCGCGCUGCUUGUGCUCCUCCCGACCGUGAUAUUUCCAUUUUUCGACCUGUUCACGGCUCAGAAGAAGCUGUCGAUGUGAAUAUAGUGGCGCAACUCGUUGAACCAGUCCUUCGACUUCGCGAGCACGACGGUACUAUUGUAUUUGAGCUUUUAAGCGAGAGCUUACGAUCCGACAACGCGAAGCCGACAGAACUAUUGAUGUUCUGUGUUGAUUGCAGUCAAAGUAUGGACAGUGCGUCUGAUUUCUAUGAGACCCAGGAAAAUUCUGCGGCCCCUGUGGGCACAGAGGCCACCAUCGGUGAUGUGCCAGUCGCAGGGGAGAUAGAUGAAGCGAUAAGCCUAGAUGAUAUGAGGGACUGGAUUGCUGACCAUGAAUCUUUCGACGAUAUGCUUGGACUUGUUGCUUCUGCAGAAACACGCACGAGGAGAGCCGUUGCAGAAAAUGUCGUUGAUUUUGUGAGCCUGCUCAUUUCUCGAGAGCUUUUCGAGAAAGGUAAGCAGGUCUCAGCGCUGAAGUCCUCGGCGACUCGGUUUAUGCUGCUGGAGAUAGCGACGGCAUAUGAGAACGAGCUAGGCUCGCUGCGAAGGCUUGUUGGGGGUCUCACUACCUACAAGGCUGCAUUGUGUGACUUCCUCAUCGUCAAGGCUGAGAGCUGGACCGCGAGGGAAGCAUUCCCUUGGACUUAUGGCGAGCCAAUUCCACGCAGGGAACCACUAUCUCCCGGCCUUCAUCACCUCGAUGUAACAGAUUCUCUUUCUGCACCACAUGAAAUCAUUUGCCCCAUUUCCCAGGUUGUGUUUGAGGAUCCGGUCACGACAUCAGACAACUUCACCUACGAGCGGCGUUCAAUUGAGCGCUGGUUCCAAAUUCGUCAAUCUUCCCCCUCUACUGGCCUCCCACUGAGCGAUCUUACACUUCGACGCAACCAUUUGCUGCACAAUCGAACGGUACGAUGGGUGGCUGGCGAAGAUAUCCUACAAGCUGCAUCUCAAGCUGCAGACAGAUCUCGUCUUCUCAGUACAAGAUCUGUAGUCAUACUUCGAUUGAACUUUGUGACACCAGCGGGCACCUUUACUCGAAAUUUGCCCUCCACGCUUCCGCUGUCCGAUUUGUACAAGAUGGCUUAUCGCGGAAUGCGGGGCGUCCACAAAUCUUUCUUGUUGCAUUUGCGCGGAUCUUUAUUGGUGUCUUCCGACCAACAACUGGGACGAUGUGGAAUUACGACCGGAUCAGACAUCAUGGCAAGCAUCCAGCCAGUGCAUGGAGACCCAGCUGUCCCUAUGGAGACGAAAUCCGAGGAAAUGUGUCUCAUUAAAGUUUAUGAAUCUUCCUCUGAGCUGUUCUCAUACUGGAUCCCUCGUGAUACUUCCCACACAAUGGCGUCGAUCAUUUUUCGCUUUUGGCGCUUCAAGCUGUCCUCACUUGGCGUUAUUCAGGCGCUGGAUCAAGAAGUCUGGUCAGGUCUGGAAUAUGGAGGCGAUGGUGUCAUAUACGGGCAGAGACAUGACCACUGGGACCUGCUUGCCAAAGCCUUGAACAAGACGGAACUUGGGAGGCUUGUUGCUAGUGAAAGCGUUUACGUAAGUCCUCCCCUGGAGCAAGACAUCGACAUCGACAUCGACGUCGACAUGGCAUGGCAGAGCCCGACCAGCGGCGAGCAUGAUACCAGGCAGGCCGACUCUGUUGGCACUGGUCCUGCUACUCAGUAUCGAGUCCUCAAGGUUGACCUCUCACACUACAUAAGUCCUGAAGUCAGUGAACUUCAGCGACAGGAGAGACUGAGAUGCCUCACGAGGUUGGCAGUGUCAAAACAGGUGUUUGGUGCAUUCAUCAAUCGGAUGAUUGCCUACAACUAUCCUACAGUGAUGGGUCUGGUUUCUUUCGGCACUUCUCCCUCGUUAUCCCAGCCACUUACUGGGCUCAUCGAGAACUUCCGUCAUGCCGUUGAUACACUGAAGCCAUCUGGCGACACUUCCUUAUGGGAUGCACUAGCCCUGGCUGCUGAUCAGUUGGCGCAUUUCGGUCAGAAAUAUCCUGGCAUAUCAAAGAGAAUCAUUUGUCUGUCUGAUGGAGUAGACACCAAAUCAGCGAGGACAGCAACAGAUGUCUGUCGUCGGUUGCUUCGAGACAAGAUUGUGGUGGAUUCGUGUUCCAUCGGGGUUGAGGACAACUCAGCGCUACGCACUGUAUCAUUCAUGACUGGUGGAUACAAAUUCGUGCCACAAACGCUCGAACAAGCUGUGGCUAUCUGUGAGCUGGAGCCGGUUCUUUCACUUCAUGAGAGGCCGCCAGUACUCCGACCUGUGAUGGGCCCGCUCCUCACACCGCGCGAUUUUGCUGUCGCAGGCCUGCAAUUCUUCGAGGACGAGGUGACGCAAGACAAGUUUCCGGUUCAAAAACGGCAUCCCAAUCUUGAUGACCAAUUUUUUCGCAUUGAUUCUGUCGAGAAAGGUGCUCGGAGUAUCGUCGCACAGUCGGUGGACGGCAAUCCAGUAGCGAGCACAGUCGUACGUCAGCGCCGUCUCCUCGCUGAAAUCCGAAACAUUACCGCCAACCCACAUCCAUCCUACGACGUUUAUGUCUCAGAAUCCAAUAUGGGAUUCUGGAGGAUUGUCAUGUGUGGUCCUGCCGAGUCAGCAUACGCGUCUGGCACAUUUGUCCUGUACCUUCACAUGGGCGAUGAUUACCCUCUCUCCCCACCACACGCUCGUUUUAUUACCAGGAUCUUCCAUCCAAACAUUAACCGCGGGGGAAGGGCGUGCCAUUCUAUAUUUGACAGGAACUGGCUCGUCGAUAUCACCAAUAAGCAGGUGCUUGACACGGUCUUCGGCCUACUCCUGGUACCAGAAUUUACAGACCCUAUCAAUACGGUGGUCACGCUCAAUUAUUACUGGGACGAGGUUGCAUUCAGAGAGGAGGUGAAGAAGCACAUUGAGAAGUAUGCGUUGAAAGGGAGGGAGGAGCUGGGAAAGGAGAUAUUGGGAGAGUGA